AUGCCCUUCGCCCCAAGCACCGAUAACCAGGAAAUCUACUACGAGAUCCAAGGCCAACCGGGGCCGGGACCUACGUUGGUAUUCGUCUCCGGCUACAUGGGCAUCGCCAACAUCUGGCAGCCAUUAAUCUCUAGCCUCCGCUCUCGCCACCACUGCAUCGCCUACGACUCACGCGGAUAUGGGAGAUCCUCCAAGCCCGAAACACCCGACAGUUACACCGUCCCCGGACACGCUGCCGAUCUGCGUGCAGUCCUCCGAGCCGCAAACAUCACCCACCCCGUGGUACUCAUCACACACUCAAUGGGCGGCAACAUCGCCUCGACAUACUUCCUCAAGCACCCAGAUACAGUCGCCGGGAUUAUCUACACGGGCACCUACUAUGACGGCAAGACCGUCGACGGGAAGUUCAUAACAUAUGAUGGAUUGACAGAUGGCGUCGAGAGUCCGUCUCGGGCUGCGCGGUUUUAUUCUGCCAUGGGGCUGAGUGAAGACAUCGCCCUCGAGGCGGCGAAGUGGCCCCCGCAUGGCCGUCGAUAUAAUGCCAAGGCGUUGUUCCAAUGUGAUAUGCAAGAUAGUUAUACUUACAUCACUGUGCCGACGCUGAUUGUUCAGGGUGAACACGAUCUGUUGCCGUUGGAGCACUGUGUCAUGCCCAUGGCAAGGGCUUUGCCGUCUUGUCGGUUGGAGAUCCUGCCUGGUGUGUAUCAUUUUCCACCGACCGAGGCACCGGAGGUGUUGAAGGGGUUGGUUGAGGGGUUUUUGGGAGGUUUAUGA